UUUUUUUUGUGUCGCAGCAUCAGUGAAUGCUCGCACAAAUAACUAUAUUUCUACAACAUAUUGUGAUGUAAUUAGACUGUCAUAGAGUAAGGAGAACAAAUGAUAUGCAAAUAAUCUAAAAAUAAUAGAUUCAAGUCAUAUAGACUCUUUGAAAACAGCGCAAACGAUCCUGAAGUGAGGAUUCGGAUGCAGCAAGAAUGUAAAUGAAUACUGAACAAUUGGAUACUCAACUCAGAAACUCUACUCAAAUACUCUACUCGGAAACUCUACUCAAAUACUCUACUCGGAAACUCUACUCAAAUACUCUACUCAGAUUCUCAAUGCUUGAAUACUAAAACAGUUAGAAUCUCAGGAAUUUGAACAAGGGGUUCUAACAUUAUUGUGUACUCAUCUUGGAUACUGAAUACUGCAAAGCAACUGAAUCAAAGCACUUAUCAAUUAAGCACAGUACACAAUAUAUGUUGUGCAUUAUUUAUUGUAGAACAAACAAGUAACUCGUUAAAGUAUAUUGUAUACUGUUCGUCAAAAAUUCUCGAUAAAAAAACUUUACAGCAAACUUUUAGCAUUUGUUAUAAUCAUUAUACAAACAAUUCUAGUCUUUUUGCGAAGAAAUAAAUCAAAAUGGCCGAAAAGGCAAGAGGAUCGCAAUCUCCCAUACUUCUCGAUGUUACAAGCCUUGGGGGGUCUUCAGAAGAUGAAAGUAUCGCCAGAGGAGUGUCUCCACCCGUUGGUAGCCCAGAUGCGACCAAAAAACUUUUAACCAAUCAGGAGAGCCCACAGCAUGUACUGCCUCCUUUUCGUAAAUGUCACAGUAGCGGGGAAUUUAAAUUAACCGCUGAUACAACAGAUAAGAAUAAACUUCAAACAACCGGAAGCUUUGUUAUGAAUGGGAAUAUGAUACAUUCAUCAAGUGAUAACGCAGCGAUUUGUCCCAGUAUGAACUGCCCUCGAAGAAUCCCUAUGUUGGAGAUAACGCCCUCCACAGCAAGCUUUCUUGAUGACUUGCCAGAUGAUAAAGAAGAAGCUAAAAACGACCAAUGGCGAAUGUCCCUGGAUGUCUUCACAUCUAAGAGACGCGGGAAGCAGAAAGCAGACAAGAAACUCCCACAAAGUGUCAGAGCUUAUUAUAAAGCGCAGGAUGAACUCAUUACAAACUUUGAGCUGGCCCAUCAGGACAGUUUCAACGAAGAGGAGAGUGAUGAACGAAAAAAGAAAGUUUUACGCAUGGCAAACAUCUUGGCUAAAACGUCAUUAUUCCUAAACCUGCUACUUCUCAUUGGGAAAGUGGUUGCCGCAGUAAUUUCUGGUUCUCUUUCUGUGAUCUCCAGUGUGAUUGACAGUGCUGUUGAUAUGGCAUCUGGGGUGAUUAUAUGGUGGACAAGCAGAGCUAUGAAACAGAGGAAUCCGUACCUGUACCCCCAGGGAAGGACAAAACUGGAACCUGUGGCUAUUAUUGUCAUAUCCGUUGUCAUGGCGCUUGCUUCUGUGCAAAUGAUCAGAGAGUCAAUCCAAAAGAUUAUUGAGUAUGCUGGUGACCAGUCCAGCGGUCCAUCUGUUGACAUAGCAACCAUUGUGAUACUAAGCUUCACCAUAGUAACCAAGCUUGUUUUGUUUCUGGUGUGUCGUAGAAUAGCGAACCCCAGCAUUCAAACAUUGGCCCAGGACCACAGAAAUGAUGUUCUCUCCAACUUAGUAGCUCUUGCGAUGGGGUUUAUUGGGACACGCUACUGGAGCUAUGCUGAUCCUAUAGGAGCAGUUCUCAUAAGCAUUUACAUUAUUGUUAGUUGGAGUCUAACGGGAUGGGACCAGAUCAAACUUCUCACAGGCCACACGGCGCGUCCCGACCUGCUGAAAAAAAUCACCUGGAUUUGUGUGAAUCACCACAAAAGCAUUGAAAUGAUCGAAAGUGUCAUGGCGUAUCAUUUUGGGAAUAAUUUUCUUGUUGAGGUUGACAUAGUGUUACCUCCUAAGAUGACACUGGAAGAGGCGCAUGACAUUGGGGAACCACUUCAGCGUAAGAUUGAGAUGUUGGAAGAGGUUGAGCGUGCCUUUGUAC